AUGGCUAUCAAAGCAUCGCCGUCAAAAAGAUGUACACUCAGCGAAAUCUAUCAAUAUCUGCAUACACAAUUUCCAUUCUUUCGUGGACAAUAUACAGGGUGGAAAAACUCAGUUCGGCAUAAUUUAUCACUGAAUGAAGUCUUCAUUAAAUUGCCGAAAGGCAUGGGUCGCCCUGGAAAAGGUCAUUACUGGACUAUUGACCCAGCUGCGGAAUUUAUGUUUCAAGAUGGGGCAUCAAGAAGAAGACCAAGGGGUUUUCGCAGAAAGUGUGCAUCAGCAGCUGCAGCUGCUGUAGCUGCAGCAGUCGCAGCAAACAUUUCAUCUUCUAAUAAUUACACCCAAAUGAGUCACGAAGCAUCUCUGCAUAAGAUGACAUCAUCUCCAUUCAGCACAUUUAAUUUAGGAAAUAUGAAUCAUGAUAUCUUGACUAAAGAAAUGACACGAUUUCUAAUCCCGAAUGCGGUGAACACGCGAGGAAUGAAUUAUGACAGUAUAAACAAUAUUUCAAAACUCCAUCCUAUCCCGAAUGAAAUGUCAGCUAUCCCCAACUUAAACAUGAAUAAUAUUUCUACAAAUACUAUACCAUGCAGAAGUUUAGAACUAGAAGAAGUAGCACCAUCAUCCUCAUCUUCAACUGACAGUGUUUUCAGUAUUCACACUGCUACGACAAAUGGACAAGCACAUAGGUCCGGUACUCCAGCUGCAGUUUCCUUUGAUAACGUGUUCCAUACGCAGUCAGAUUCUUUUGGUCUAAAACUAUCCACAUCACCAGUACUAAUUAACUCGACAACAUCAACUCAUCUUACAGAAUGUAUACCUGUUCAAAAAACAUAUUCAACAGAAUUAGAUUGUUCACCUUUCGCUUUUACAACUCCACCAGAACAAGUUAGAAAUGAUAACAACAUCUCGGUUAGUCAACAGUUGCCUUCAAUUUAUCAAACUAUGAUGCAUAAGACACUACCAUGUGUUCGAAACUCAAAUCCUACUGUUGCCUCUCCUCUUUAUAAGCCAAUUAUUUCGGAAGCAUACAAUACCCCAAUGAACAUGAGUAAUAGUACUCAGCAUCAUGAACAUAAUAGAAUGGAUUUCACAACUUACUACAACAGAGAAAAAGAUUUACAAUCAAAUGGUUUACAUUCUACGCCAAUGAAAAUGGACCAACACCUUUCAUAUGACAACUUUAACCCUCCUGAACACCAUUAUCAGGGUUUAUUAUUAAAUAGGAAAGAUUUAAAUCCAUUGAAUCAAAACAAUGAACAAUUGAAUAGUGACUUUGAAUUACGUUGGUCUAGUGAACAAAUAUGUUGGCCAUGCAAUCCAUCAGUCAAACAAAAUGAAUUGUUGAAUAAGAAAGAACAUAAUCAAACAGACGUCCUUAAUAUUAUCGAUUCAAACAUGUACCCUAAUGAGGAUUUCAAUGACUCACGAAUCAGUAUUAACAACUGUAAUACUAACCUUAGUAUUACUGAAACUAAAAGGAAAUUAGUUGAAAUGUUCCAUGAUCAUGAAAAUUCAGUUUACACCAAAGCGUUAUUUUCUCCAUCCUCUAAAUGUAAUCCACAAUUACUCGAAUCAAAAAGUGUUCAAGACAGGCAAAACACUAGUCAAACAAGUUGUGAUGAAUCAAAUCGAGUAAAUUAUUCAAUGAGUCCAAUAGAUAGUGAAAUGAAUAUUCAUUUGAAAGACCAUUACCUCUCUACCACCAAAUGUAGCCGAGAUGAAGUCAAUCAGAUUAAAACGACGAUACUCUCAUCCGCAAUUAAUUCCCGUUAAACUCAGGCAGUUAACUCACAGCUGGCUAAAUUUAUUGGAUGUGUAUUCAGGUAAUUUCAAUUUUUGCAAACAUUAGCAGUUGUAACAUGAUACUACCUUAGUUUCCACUACUUUUAUUUGUUCAAUCUGUUCAGUUUUUCUCACCUAUAGUUAGGGUGUAUAACGUUGAAAAUAAUCUGCUUGUAUUUUGAAACAACUGUAAUUGAUUAACUUGUACUUAUGAACAGAAGAUUGUGGCUCCAUAGUUCCUUACAAAGUGAUGUCAUUAGUGUCUAGUAUUCACCAUUGUAGGCAACAAUCUAAUGCGGACGUUUAAUGAUCUUUUUAUUAUAACUAUAAGCAGAAAGAAUGGUACGUAGUGUCAUCGCUACGUUUGUCUGUAGUAAAGGUAAGGUGUCAACAUUUUUUCUCUCAGCACUGACUGACAUUAUUCAGAGAAUCUCUGAAAGCCUGUGACAGCUGAGGAGUUGUUUCGUCCUAGUAUGGAACGCCAUAGCGUUGCUUACCCAUGACCCCUCGAGAAAUUGAGCUGAGGACCGUCAGGUAUUGCAAUGAGCUUGUUAUCAUUCAGCCACUAGGCUGAAAUCUAGUGGUCUACAUUCUCUAGCUUUUUUCAAUUUGGUAUAUAGUGCAACCAUCAUUCAGUGGCACUGGCGAUUAUUUGUUCUCACACCUGACUUGCUUGACCCUAUAGAUCACAGCUUUUCAUUUGAACUUCGGAAGCCCAUCUCGAAGUGUCACCAAUGAGCACUAGACAGUAAUUCAGUUUAUACUUUUGGGUGGACUGACUGAUUUCCAGAUAGUAAUCAUCAUGGACUGAUGUCAGCCGGAGAACUAAUGAAAGCUCGAGAGUAAUGAACAGUCAGUGGGUUAGCAGUGCUGGGGAGUUUCAGAGGAGGACGAAAACAGCUGUGCAGCGCUCCAGGGUCUUCAGUGUUUCACCGACUAGCUAGAAACAUCUGAAUCAGAAUGAUAAUUAGUUUAGCUACCAUCCCAAUGAGCUGGAUAGGCUUUAUAUCCUAACCUCUUCAGCCCAGCACAUACUAGCACAACGUUCGACUAUAAUAAAGAAAGCAGUAGAUAAGCGAUACAGAAUUCAGAAAGUUGUAACUGGUCAUGUCAAGCAGUGUUAAUAAAAAUAAACGAUUUCAUUUCUAUGCAAUGUUGGCAAAUGGAAUUCUCACAAGGUUCUCCGCAUAACCUGUCAUAAACUGCAAAACUCGAACCAAAAUAAAGUUGGAUUCAUCACGCAAAGGCUAACAUGGAGAUGUUGUUUUUAUGCCUCAGACGAAACAUUAGACCAAUAAUUUUGGUAACAGGAUCUCACUUAUAAUGUCCUGAGUACACAACCCUUUUUCAUCUAUCACAAUCUGUCGUUGGAUAUUUUGAGACUAAAAUUCAGUCGAAAAGUUUGAGAAAGCGUUUUCUUCCUACGUCCAUGCAGUUGUACGCACCUUCCCGUUCAGUUUCUCCCCAGUUAAUCUACAUCCAUGCCACUAGCUUUAUAAACCCUAGCCAAAAUUAUUAUUUAUUCUGACCCAUUACCACAAAGCAGUUCUAAUGACUUGACCGAAUAAACGUGCUUUCAUCUCAUUUCCGGUGAUCAGUACCAACAGACUGUUUAGGAUAAAGAUAACGGUUAUACCCAUGCAUAUAAGAUAAUGGUCACGCUGUACAGUCAAUCAAAUGAAUGAAAAUAUAUAGACCAUUGGAUUCGAAUCCAGUGUUCUAAUGGUAAAGUGCUCACUAAAAAACCUGGCCGGUUUUGGCUCAAUGCCUCAUGGAGUCAUCGUUAAGUAAUGUUCAAGAGUCUCAUACUAGACAAAGCUGACUUUUAGUUCUUCUAGGCUUUCAGUGUUUUCCGGCUAGCGCCCAUCUGUGCUGAAAACUAUCGCAAAUUUCCUUAAGAUAGAACCAUACAACUAUACAACCUCAAGUUUUCGUUUUGUAGUAAUGUUUACAAUUCGUUGGUUUUACCCCAGAAUGCUAACGUUUCAAUUCUUGAACUAUUUCAGUAGACAUUUGCGUGUACCUAGCCAGUGCCAACUGCCCCUAAACUUCAUUUUAAAGAAAUGUUAUGACUGAGCAGUUGGAUCCUUAAUCAAACAUAACCACCACACUGUAUGCAAAAAUUCUACUUGUUUUGCUAACGUCGUAAGUCAAACGCAUCUUUCAGUCAGUUUAUGCUGUCGCGAUUAGCUGCCUAUGGAGAUGGAAACACAAGGCUUCAUUCUGAAACGUAAGUAGUUGUUUUCGUAUCUGAGAUAAACAGAAAAAUCUAUUCACGGACUAAUAUCAACUUAUAAAAUUUUGUAAAAAUUAUGUACUUCUCUUAAUUUAAGGAGAUGGAAACUCAACCGUUAAAGAGAGAGAGAGAGAGAACUCUACUCCACACCCCUCUAACUUUAUUUUAAUAUCUAGUAGACAGCGUUCUACCUCGUAUAGACUACUGCCCGUAGUUCACCAAUAUCACGAAAAAUAUGAUACUGUUAGGUGCAUACAAAUUCGUGCAUCUGAUUAGAAGGAGGGAAAGAAUCCGUCAGUGACUGAGGAAGCUAGUAAGCCACCGAUUUACCCCCUUUUCUCUGACACUUAAUCUGAAGCGAUUUUUAUAGUUGACAGUGGUGCAGAAUCUAUUAUAAUCCCACCAACUUUAGGAGAGGUACUUGCUUUUAAAUGACUGUAAUUAAAAUUCCUGCUAGAUCAUUUUUAAAAAGUUAUAUUAUUAUUUACUGAUACUUGCAGAAACCAAUGAUCAUAAUGAACCAAAAUGAUUAGUUUCCGUUUGUGUAUUGGUUUUUUGAACAAAUGCCUCGAUAUUGUCUCAUGUUUUAUUCUGAUGUUGCACAACAGAUGGAUCUCGUGACUCAAUACCCUAGUGGGAAACGCUCUGAUGUUUGAAGUGAUGGAUGCUAGCCUCUAUUCCAAGUAGGAAUAAAAACACUGACUAAGAGGCGGAUAAAUGAUGGUGAUGAUUCACAGACAGGAUGAAAUGCAAGUUGUGGAUUCCACAGUAAAUUCAAGCACAUUCACAUUAUUGUUCCAAUUAAUCGAUCUUUGCAAAAAAUAAAUAUUAAGACUAUGCGCUUCGUUGAAUCUUAUCGUAAUUAAUAGUUUGCAUUUGUUGACUGAAGACACCGUUUGACUUUUCGUACACAUCAAUGCCGCAUGACGACGAACUUCAAAUUUAAAAUCGAUUUACUGUUUGGAUUUUGCCAAGAAGAACAAUUUUAACUUACUUCUACAAUGAUUUGAACGGAUGAUAUAUGUAUAGAAGGAAUUUCUCCCUAAUUUUAUUGAGUUUUUAACUUGGUCAGUACAGUCUGACAAUACCUUUAAGUCAUUAUGCACUAUUCAUCAGUUUGACCUUUAGAAUUUCGAGUUGUAAAUGUUUAAUGUGACAUCAAUUACGAUUAAAAGUCUUUCAAUUUCAACCUCAGACAGUGAUGCUCAUUCCUUUAGGUCCUCAUCACUACUAAAAUAACCACCAUCAAUGU